GCCACCCGCCAGAUCUCUGCGAGAGAGCACAGAUGUUGGUUAUAAGUGAAAGUGGAUGCAGACUUUCUUCAGCAAACCUUUCCAUUCGUGGCGAGCUGAAUCAGACUUUGAGGCACUUUAACGGAAUUGAACUGCUUUACCCUAGAUCAAAUUAAUAGCGAAAAAAAACUACUGUUUUAUCACAGCUUUCUACUUUAAAGAGAGCAGAAAUUGCUAAACAUUUUCAGCGAGUUUUUUUUUUCCUCCUCUUAAAAAAAGCGGGCCUUUAAAAAUGAACACGUGGAACAUUUUAGCUCAGGGCCUUUGGCUCCUGAGGCUAGGGCUGCUGUGCGCAUUAUUUCCACUCAUUUGCAGCUCCGAGCGUCAGGCCACGCCGCCCAACUCCAAUCGCUUCGUCCGGUGGCGCAACAACGGGCGCGUCUACAGCCUGCAGUCGUCGGGCCAUCAGUUCGUGGCAGCCGGUGGGACGGCGCAUCGUCACAUUGCGCCCACGCCACCGUCGUUGGCGGAGAGCGACCGUGCCGCCACCGCCACGGCCACCAGGAGGGCCCCGACAAGAAGGCAGGCGUCCGCGCGAAGCGCCGCCCAGAGGUGGUGGCUCGCAGGGGAAGGUCGCCGCCGCCCGGCGACCCCGAACGUGGACCGCCGGGGAGGGAGGCGUCAUCCCGCCGCAACCGCGGCCGCCGUGGCCACCCAAGUCCAGGUGGCGCAAAGUUCGUCCAGACCCAGCCCCGUGCGGGCUCGGUCCGGCGCAAGCGCAUUCCGGCCGACGGUUGCGGCUCCGACGAGAGGGCAGCAGCAGCAGCAGCGGCGGUGGCAGCAUCAGCCCGAGUCGGAGCCGCCCUUCUCCGCGUCCGUUCACGACGGGCAGCCGCCCGCGGACCGGCAGAAUGAGAACGGGCAGAGCGGCGGGGCGGCGACGGGAGCGAGGGGCAACGGGGCGGCGGGUCGUAGGGACGGCAUGCAAGGAGACGAGCCCUACUACCCCGGCUACUACUACAACGAGUACGGACAGGAGGAGAACCCGUACUACAUGCAGUACUACAAUCCCUACGCGUACUACAAUAGGCGGGUGGCUGUUGAGAGAAGUCAACAGCAAGGGCUUCCGGACUUGGUGCCAGACCCGUACUACAUUCAGAUCGCCACGUACGUGCAGAAAGUCACAAUGUACUCGGUGCGUUGUGCGGCCGAAGAAAGGUGUCUGGCAAGCUCGGCGUACCCGCACGAGGGCAACGACUACCACACGCGGAUGCUGCUGAGGUUCCCGCAGCGAGUCAAGAACCAGGGCACCGCGGAUUUCCUUCCGAGCCGGCCGCAGCAUCAGUGGGAAUGGCACAGCUGCCACCAGCAUUUCCACAGCAUGGAUUCCUUCAGCCACUACGAUCUGCUGGAUGCCACGACAGAGAGGCGCGUGGCGGAGGGUCACAAGGCCAGCUUUUGCCUGGAGGACACGUCCUGCGACUACGGAUACGCGAAGCGAUACACGUGUGCCGCUCACCAGCAGGGAUUAAGUCCUGGCUGUUACGACACUUACAACGCCGACAUUGACUGCCAGUGGAUCGACAUCACUGACGUGGAACCUGGGCAGUACAUUCUCAAGGUUCAGGUGAACCCGAAUUAUAUCGUGCCCGAGAUGGACUACUCGAACAACAUUGUGCGGUGUGACGUGCGCUACACAGGAAACUAUGCGUCUGCCUCCAACUGCCGCAUCUCACCGUACUAACGUUCAGAUGAAUGGGACCUCCAAAGUAAAUAACCACUCGCCAUCCAAGUAACGGAGAUGAGCUUUGACUAAUCAGCACCAGCAAUGUUGUACUUGACUCGGCAUAAAGACCACGCGUGUGAUUGCAGGAAGCCGACAUGCGUGUAACAUAUUGUCAGUGAGCAGGUUUGCGUCUAUUGGUGAAUGUUACUCAAAGGGAAAAUAAGUGAAGAUUCAAAGAUAUAAUUGCACAAUUGCAGGUGUGUUGAGUGAUACGAAAUCGUCUGACCCACAUUCCAUAGAAGUGGUGUACCACUGCAAUGGCAUAUGGGCCACACGCAUAUCUUGUAUAACACUUGGCGUUUGUGAUGACAGAUUAACUCACAGGUCUAUCGUUUAAGAGGUCAUUGUAAAAUUGGCUUGGUGUUAAUGGACACAGAAUAUGUUGGCUUUGAUUUACUCCGUGCAAUGGCUUGCUUCAUAGAACUACUAGUUGAAGGAUUUUACACGAUUUUGUUCUCUUUUAAAUAACGAUUACUGCAUAGAAACUCUGUUGGAGUGGCAGCCGAGGAAUUGGACGCGUCCGAUAGGGUUACGUCCACCGAAGUUAAUCAGUUCAAGGUGCAGGAGCCGGGAGGAUGAUUUUUCCAUCGCAGCAUCGCGAGAGACGGCGCAGGGCUUGGGGAGGCCUUCAUCCAGCUGUGGAUUGACCAUGGCUGAUAAUGACUGUAUUUAAAACACGCUCAAGCCCCCCCGACGCUCCUUUUAAACACCUCGGCUCUGCUGAUCUCAAUUGGUUUUCUCCGUAGGGGAUGGACAUUUCCACAUUCCCAUGUCAGGGAACUCAUCAAUCCAUUUGGAUAAAUGGUUUUGACCUUCCUAAACCCAGGUGUGGUGCAGCCUCACCAAGUGGUACUCAUUUUAUCGAUCCAACCCUAACGAGAUGAUGGCCUGAUUGGAACCCUAGACUGUUGAGCACAAAAAUGAAUGAGAUGAGCCGUCCAAAGUAAGCCAUGUGUCUCCAUUGGCGAUGGAAAUUCUGGAAAUUCUACCUUCCUAUGCCAGGGGCCAGUAUAUCAUAGGAAAAAAACCCACUGUUGGCUUCCCAUAAAGCAACACAAUUUUUUUCAUUGAGUACAAAAUGAACAAGUAAAAAAUACAAUGCAAACCGUACACUCGCAAAGUGCGCAAACCGUACACAUAUAAACCACCAACAGAGGCGGACAAUGCAUCGUACAAUUCUGUCCAACUCUCAUACAAGUGAUAGCAUUAGUAAAGGUGUAACGAUGCAUUGAUUAAUAGAUUAAAAUCGAUGCUCAUCAUUGAGAUACGUUCGUCGAACUGUGUUUGUGUAAGUAAACUUUUUUUUUAAAUUCAUGUCUCAUGUACUCGGGUGCGGCUUUUCGUAGGAUCAUUCACUUUUUGAAAUCUGCAAGUCUUCCCGGGACAUUAAAAGUCCCAGUUUUUGUGUCAGUUGUGCAAUACUUCACCACUCAAGGCAAUGCAUUUACAUGCACCCCUCCCUUCUUUCGGCGCUCUGAGAAAUCCCUUCUUCCAAUCAGAUUGUCCUAGUUUCUAUUGUGACCACUGCAGCCACACGUCGCAACUACGUUCACCACAGUGUUGCAAUAAUCUCAUUCUCAGAUCUAAUUGAAUUGUGACAAUUCAUCAUCUCUGUGGGUGUUGAGAUGAUUCGUUACGCCUCGAUUCGUGAAUCACGAUUUUGCUAUCCAUUCACUAAUAACUGUCACCUGAAUACACUUCUGACCUUAUAUUGCUCUUCUUUAUCCAUCUAUCAUAUUUCCAUACUCUUUGAUUAUUUCGGUAAAGUCACGUAGGUAGAAUUUUUUUUUAUAUUUCUCUUCUUAAUGCAUCCCUCUCCUAUCUCUUAUAGAUUGUGUUUUUUUUUAUAUUUCACUCAUCACCUUUUAAGAAACGAGUUCUUUUGUUUGACAAUUAAUCAAGCGGCGACUGCCCGAAGGAUGGGUUUGAGGUUAAUGCUCGGGACUGGCUUGCGAGGGUGCAGCGCGCGACAGGUUCGAUCCGGGCUGACGGGGGGGGGGGGGGGGGGCGCGAAGGCGAGCAGCGCGCUCUGCUUCUCACGUGGUGCUCAUUUUGACGACCGUCGAGGAGAGGCGAGGCGGUGGUUGACGAGCAUGCCGCCAGCCCCUUGCUCGGCCACCUCACGGCCUCCUUGUUUGACCUUCCUCACUUUGCUGCUGCUGCUGCUGCUUUAGCAACGUGCACACGAUAAUUGGUUUUGUUACCCUUCUAUCUGGCAAACAAAACUGACACCUUUUUACAAGGAGUCAUGUUUGCAUAGACCGCAAUACCUGCAGUCAUAAUACAAACAAAAGAACAUAACUCUGAUAAUGUGCGCUGUCCUUGAAGUUGAUUGGUCCACACCCGAGACAGCUUUCCUUAGAGCCUAGUCUCACAUGGGUUGGACCAGAUGACGCCAGAUAGAAGGGUAAAAAAAAAACAAUAAUCAUAUUUUUACUGGCAAAUGAGGUUCUCAUAACGUGCACAUGGACAAAUAUUACCCCCUUGCCCCCCCCCCCCCCCACAACCAUCGAAAAAAAACUCACUCACAUUCGUUCAAAUACUUUGGCCUAAAAUAAAUAAAAUAUAUAUAUAAAGUAGGAACGGUGCCCUUCUUCAUCGACUUUUUCCUCGAACAUUCCAAAGCUAUCCUUGCGUACAAAUGAACGCGACUUCGUUUCACGUAACGUGACCGCAACGUGACAUUGCGUGUGCUAUGAGGAAGGGCAAUUGCUAGAAACGUUUCCUUGUUAUAAUAUUUUUGUUUCAUUUUCAAGGCCGCACAGCGUUAUUGACGAACGAGUUGAGUUUUUUUAAAUCCUUUAUAUUAAGUUCACUUGCUUGCUUAGGACCGUGCAAAUCUUUCGGUCGUUUUAUAACCCACUUCCCGUGAUCCAAUCGAGCUGACAUUUUCCACACAGACUAGUUUUGCGUGACAAUUAAUGUUCGUGAAAUUUUUUUCCCAAAAUGUUACACUUUUUAGGACAAAAAUAUUAUAUUUAAUUACCAAUUGCUUAAUGGUGCAAUGCAAUCAUCUGACCCAUAGGUGGCAGCCAUCUCAAGCCAGAGGACGAGAGGACUCUAGCCGCCACGCAUAUAAAGGAUUUAUAGUGAAAAACUUUGUUUUUACUGGUUAUACUUAUUUACUCUCUCUCCCUCCCGCCCUAACUUUGAGUCGAGCGCUCCACAAUUAAACCGUGUUCCAUGAAAUCAGCGGCACUGUUUUUGCCAUCACUGAUAAACGGCAAUAGUUUGCUAAUGCGUUGUCAGGUAUCGUUUAUAUUGCACUGUUUAUAUUGUUAUUAAUGCAAUUGUUCUAUAUAUAUAACAUGUGUCGUAUAGUUGGCCGUGACAAUGAAGUGUUGUGUCGAGGAUAAAAGCAUUGUGACAUUCUUUUGCCCAGUAUAUCAUAUCGAAUGAGUUUAUGAAGUAAACAAGAUUGGCUUUGAAAAGUACCUUUCCGACAUUCCCAAACUAUGACUGUUUCCCCGGACAUUUUAAAGCUAAACUUGUACGCAAAUCUCAUUGAAGUAAUGUUACUGCUGUUUAAAAAAGAAAAAAACGUGGUGAUGUUGGUUCAACAGACAUGUUUAAUGAUAUGCCGCUCUGAAUAGACUGCCACUCCUGCAGAUAAUGAAAUUCCACCUUUCAAUUUGUAAGCCGACUACCGCUGAGACCACCCUGGGUUAAAAUUCACGGUGCAUGCCCGUGAUUGAAAUUGGCUUCUCAAUUGUAAUGAGUUGAAUGUCUCAGCCCGGUCACCAAUGACUGCACCAAAAAACAAACAACUGGUUAUGUAAAACUUUAGUUCUGCACUCAAUUUGACCAAAACUCCCAGCAA